AAUUUUUCUUUUAAAUUAUUAUUUUAAACACUUUUAAUCAAAGUUUGACUGUCAAUGGAUAAAUAAUGAGAGAAUAAAUCGUGGGUUUAAUUUUAGGGUGUGUUUGUUUGUAGGGUCUUGCUGUUUAUGGUUGACUUUUGUGCUUAAUCCCGGGUUUGUAUCUGGCAACACAGACACCAGUAGUCCCCCAACAAGCAGCUUUCAUUCAGUGUGGCCGCUGCGCAGAGAACAACAACUACCUCCCUCAGUCCUAAGCGAUGCUGCAGCUUUGGAACAAAGGAAGCACUUUGAGUCUCACAAAGAGCCAGAAAUUAAAGACUAUUAGACUCUUUUGAGCUUAAAUGAUGAGAUAGACGAGUCACAGAUGGUUUUUCCAGACUUAGAAAGGUGAUGUCUUGCUGUCUUCUUUUAGUACAGUUCCAUCAGUGGUGUAUCUGAGCAGAUCAGAGACCCUGUGGUUUGCUUUGUGAGAGGCUUCAAGGGAUUGGGCAGCUCUGUAGGGGAGAGACAUGUGGGAGAAGACAUGCACAUGAUCAGAAGGGUCCGCUCUACCUCGCUCCUACCGGCAGGGCGGCUUUGGCUCCACAGCAUCCUCAUGCCAUUCUGACGGAUUUGUUGAAACUGGGAGCAGAGCCAUGACCUCAUCAGACAAUGAAGAGACAGGCAGCGAUCUGUGUGAGUAUCUGGACAUCUGUGAGCUGCAGGACCGGUUUUCGGAUUCAGGGAAGUCCAAAAGUUUGCCCAUUCUGAGUGGACCGUGCCAGGAGGACGGGAAAGCCCGGUUGGUCAAUACCAGUCACACCUGCAUGGCGGUGGAGGAGAGCAGGGGGCUGAAGACCCCAGACUCCAGCCAGGCCGAGUCUCCCUCCUCCAGGACGGACUUCUCGCCCUCUGUGUCCAGCAUGGUGGGGCUCAGCAGCUCUCUGCCGGUGGAGGGCCACCGAGCCGGGGCCUCUAGAGGCAGAAAACUCGGCUUUUCCCUGUCCCGCUUCAUCCGCAUCCCUGUGAGGAAAUGCGCGCAGGUCAUCCUUAGUGACUCGCGCUGCUUCUUGUUCUGCAUGUGCUACCUGACUUUCAUCCAGUCGCUGAUGGUUUCGGGCUACUUGAGCAGCGUCAUCACCACCAUCGAGAAGCGCUACAGCCUCCGCAGCUCCGAGUCGGGCCUUCUGGUCAGCUGCUUUGACAUCGGCAGCCUCCUGGUGGUCGUCUUCAUCUCCUACUUUGGCGGUAGAGGUCAGAGGCCGCGCUGGCUGGCGGUGGGUGGCGUGGUGAUCGCCGUGGGAGCGGCCCUGUUCUCCCUUCCGCAUUUCAUCUCGCCGCCCUACCAAAUCCAGGAGAUGAACUCCUCGGCCGGCCACGAAGGUCUCUGUCAAAACAGCAACAACAGCGGCCGGGAUCUCGUCAACGUGGAGUCCUGCCCUCGAGACCAGGAGGGCAACGAGCACAACGUCUACGUGGCGCUCUUCAUCUGCGCCCAGAUACUCGUGGGGAUGGGAUCCACGCCAAUCUACACCUUGGGACCCACCUACCUAGAUGACAACGUGAAGAAAGAAAACGCUUCUCUCUAUCUGGCUAUAAUGUACGUAAUGGGAGCCUUAGGACCUGCAGCUGGUUACCUGUUAGGAGGCGUCCUCAUCGGCUUCUACGUCGACCCUAAAACUAUGGUGAACAUCGACCAAAACGACCCCCGCUUUGUCGGCAACUGGUGGAGUGGAUUCCUUCUGUGUUCUGUUGCCAUGCUUCUGGUCAUCUUCCCCAUGUUCGCCUUCCCCAAAAAGCUGCCCCCACGGCACAAGAAGAGGAAGAAGAAAAAAAUGGGCUCACCAGGCGAUGUGUCCAGCGAUGACGAAGUGAUGAAGGAGAAAUCUGGUAGCAAUGGCAAAAACGUGUCCUCCUCCAUGGGCUUUGGGAAGGAUAUCAAAGAUCUUCCUAAGGCUGCUCUGAGGAUCCUCAGCAACAUGACCUUCCUGUUUGUCAGCCUGUCCUACACAGCUGAGUGUGCCAUCGUCACAGCGUUCAUCACCUUCAUUCCCAAGUUUAUUGAAUCCCAGUUUGGCAUCCCUGCAUCCAAGGCCAGCAUAUACACAGGUUUGAUCAUUGUGCCCAGUGCUGGCGUGGGGAUCGUGCUGGGGGGUUACAUCAUCAAGAAGCUGAAACUCGGUGCACGGGAGUCAGCCAAGCUGGCCAUGAUCUGCAGCGGAGUGUCCCUCCUCUGCUUCUCCACGCUCUUCAUCGUCGGCUGCGAGAGCAUCAAUCUAGGAGGCAUCAACAUCCCCUACACCACUGGUCCGACCCUCACCCUGACCCACAGAAACCUGACUGGCAGUUGCAACGUGAACUGCGGCUGCAAGAUCCACGAGUACGCUCCGGUCUGCGGCUCUGAUGGCAUCACGUACUUCAACCCCUGCCUGGCCGGGUGCAGCACCGUCGCCAACGACAGCUCUGGGGUCCGGAACUACACGGACUGCGGCUGCGUGCAGAGCAGACAGGUCAUCACCCCGUCCUCCGGCAGCCAGGUCAACCAGCUCCAACUCGUCAUCGUCAAAACCUACCUGAACGAAAAUGGUUACGCCGUGUCAGGAAAGUGCGACCGCACCUGCAACACACUCAUCCCUUUCCUCAUCUUCCUCUUCAUCGUCACGCUCAUCACCGCGUGUGCCCAGCCCUCCGCCAUCAUUGUCACACUCAGGUCUGUUGAUGAGCAGGAGAGGCCUUUUGCUCUGGGGAUGCAGUUUGUUUUGCUCCGAACUCUUGCCUACAUCCCCACCCCUAUUUACUUUGGUGCUGUGAUUGACACCACCUGCAUGCUCUGGCAGCAGGACUGCGGCGUGCACGGCUCCUGCUGGGAGUACGACGUUACCUCGUUCCGCUUCGUCUACUUUGGCUUGGCCGCCAGCCUGAAAUUCGUUGGUUUUUUCUUCAUCUUCCUCACCUGGUACUCUAUCAAGCACAAGGAGACGCGGGCGGAGCGCUGGCGCCAGCACCUGCCUCCGCUGGGCACAGUCAGCGAGCUCAUCUGCCACGCCGGGGGCCACAAAAGCCAUGCCCGUACCCGCUCCUGCCCCGUCUUCAUCCCGCCCCGGCCCGAGCCCCCCGCCAGCCUGCUGCUGAACCGCGGGCGCAGCAGCCUCAGCUGCCCGGGCAACGUCCUGAAAGCAAUAUCUCCCCCUCUGCUGUUGCCGCAUCCCCACAGAGGCUCCGCCCACGUCUGAUCCAUCGUGCCUUCCCAUUUGUUUCUGCACACGCAGUUGUCUGCUUCACACGGAUCCAGCAGCGGAGCGACAAGCGGGGACCCGAGCGCCUGUCAGAGUUGAGGGGUGGGGGGCGCUCAUGUUUAGGCUGACGGAGCACAUCAUCAGCUGCAGCCUCUACCCCAUCCACGUACGAGCGAUGUGACGACAUCACACGGUGCUACUGUUGCAGGCGGGGCAUUAUGAUCUCUGCACAGACAGAUCAAAGCACAACAGAUAAACUAUGCAAACUUCCUCUGCUCCCGUACUGUGCAUCUCCUCCUCUGUGCAGUUCUGAUCGACACCUCUCACGAUCUACUUUUCCCCCUUAGAGCAGCCUUUUUUUCUAUUUGAGCUAUCCUAAAUGUGCUCAGAAAAGUAGAUUUUUUUUCUCCCCCCACCUCUUUAACAGUGCCUCUUUCAGGCUGUUUCGGCCAGUCAACAGUACAAAGCAGCUGUCAGGGUUUCUGAAAAGCCAGUCGCCACGACGACAGUCUGCUUUCCUGCUUCGCUCAGCUUUUUUGGAGCUCUGAAUUUUCUUGCCUGCAAAAGGUAGCCAUGUAGCCUAAAGCAGAAAAAGCACCAAUGGUACAUUGUGAAGGUCGGAGUCCAUGUGUCAAACAGGAGAAAAGAGCAAGAAGCCCUCUGAUCAACGUGCUGAAGCUACUGUAAGUCCUAAAACAUGUGAAGGUUUGAAAAUGUGGCACAAUUGUAGUUUUCAUCACUUUUAGCAUCAAAGCGGCUUCUCCAUUCGGUCAUCAGCUGUAUAUAUAGUAGUUAUUUAGCUGUGUAGACUUUUAAAGAUGAAGUGCAACAAGCAUGACCCUAUUUAUCCCUGAGGAGAAGUUGUUUUUGGUGCCCACUAGUGGACUGGUCAGUGAAUGUCGGAGUUUGUCAACGAAGAAAAAAAGCACUCCAGUUUCCCAAAGAUUGUACAAAAAGAGGAUCUUUUGUUUUUUUAUUUUUUACAUAUUAAUGUUAACACUGGAACCAUGUUGUAUUCACACAUCUGAUCUUCCUUCAAACAGGAAGCGUCUGUGUAGACGAGGCAUUAGAGAGGCCUUUUUGUGUUAAAGAUCAGAGCUUACAGAGCAUGUUUUUCUUCAAGGGGAAGCUUUAAAAGAUGACCAAGAAAUACUAACGAGCAGAGAUCAUUAUGUUAUUGUGAUUUAGUACUUAAACAUUAAUAAUGAGGGAUCAUUCUGUACAUAUAUAAAUGAAGCAUAUUAUCGAGCUUUAACAUAGAAAUGUAUUUAUGAACUAACCCAUUGUAGUAGUUAAAUCACACGGACAGUAUUGUUCAUUUGGGUUUAAAUCUUUUGUUUAGUAGUUGGGAAACUGGGGUAUCAUCACAAAUCUGCUGAAAUUCAAAUGGGUUAUAUUUAUUAAUCUAAAAAAAAAGCCAAAAUUAGCCUUUUGUUGGACUCCCCCUCUAUAGCUGCUCCAGAAGCUCCUGAAAUUUGGGUGUACAGAAGAGAGACACACCUGCUCUUCAAUGGACUAUAUAUUCCUGGUGGAGGAAACCGGAUAAGUUUAGCUCAAACAUCCUCCUCUUCUCAGCGUUUAAACCAGAGUUGUAUUCCUAAAGGUCUCCUUGAGCUCCUGAGGAGCAACUGAUGUUUAUGAACACCUGGUUUACAAAUGCCUUGAAUACUUGAUAUUUGUCAUUAAAAAGAAAAAGUGAUUAAAAAAUGA